AUGGCAGCGGUGGGCGUGGGGGAGCAGGAGGAGGGUACUGGCAUCAUCCUCAAACGGCAGGUGAUGCUGAUGCUGAUGCUGCUGCUGCUCCUCCUGCUGCUGCGGCGGCGGCUGCGGCUGCUGCUGCUGCUGCAGCUGCUGCUGCUGUCCUUCUCUGAGCGUGCACCCGGCACUCGCUCAGCUGCGCCCCACUCCCUGCAACGGCCCAGGCCAAGCCCGCGACCGGCACCCGGGGCGGCGGCGGCGACGUCUCCCAGCUGCGCGAUACCGUGCAGCGGCUGUGCCAGGUGGGCCGCGUUUCUCGCCACGUCGUCGCGGCUGGGCGACGCCGCCGCUGCAGGCGGCGGCGGCGCCUGCAGCGGCAGCAGCACGGGCUCGGCGGGCUCGGCGGUGCGGACAGGGGGCCCGCUCGGCCUGCAGGACCGCCGCCCAGACUUUUUCACAGCGCCUCGGAUGCUGGUCGAGCGAGAGCGCCGCGCCGCGGCCCCGCUGGCGCGCAACGUCGAGUUCCUGAGGGACGAUGCUGACGUCAUGGCCAAGGAGCACAGGUUCUGGGCCACCGAGCGCCGCGCAUACGCGGAGCGCCUGGCAGAGGAGCAGCGCGCCGCGCAGGACCUGGGGGCCCUCGAGGCGCAGAUCGCUGACAAGGACGCCCAGGCAGGCGGGGCCCGCGCACGCGCGAGCCUCAAGGCGGCGGAGGAGCGGGUGAUCGCGCUCAAGGCGGCGGUGCUGCGCGGCGACCUGGCUGUGAGGCAGCUGCUGGAGGCGAUAGUGGCGCACUAG